AGCAACAAUCGAUCGAAGCUACCGUUAUAAAAUCUAGUGAGAGGCAAGCAAAACGACAAAAAAAAGUAACGGCAUGAAGGCUAUAAAAUCAGCAAAAGUGCGAUUCGAUGUCAGCUGAAUUCCGGCGAUCCGCAGUGUGAAAUCGCGCUAGGGAAAAAAAGCUCGAGACAACGCUUGGGAACGCGUCACUGAUCUUGACCUCUCGAGUCACGUGCCGCCGUGCGGCGUCGACCGCGAAGAAAGUCAAGAAUAAGAGAGCCGCUCGUUUCAAUAUAUAAUCGCUUUUCUAUUAACGCCGGACAUCUGAAGAGCCGAUAGCGCCCCACGUGCGUGCGAAUGAAGAUGGCGCGCUAUUGCCGCACGGAUUUAUAGUAGCCUAAUCGUGGAUGUCUAUUCAGAACAGUUUAUUUGUUGGCUUUCGAACACACACAGUGCAGACUCGAACGGUUUCAACAAAUUAAAAAUAAAAAGCUCCGGUUAUUUUUGUGAAAUAUCUGAAGCGAUCGUCAGAGAAAUUCUUUAGUUUCCGGCGCUAUUUUUACUACCUGUAUCGUUUGCUAUAGCUGAUGAUCUACGAAUUAAUAUAUUUUUUAAUUAAUUUUUUUUCCAACGAUAAAAUAUAUUACUAAAACCAAUUCAACCCCAUUUGAUAAAUAGUAAUCACCAUCACUAUCACCUAAAACGGGAGGACGGUGUAACAAAAGAAUCCCACCCGCGCCCAUAAUAACAAUGCGAAACGAGCGUCAGCAACAAAACAAGAGAGAAAAAGAGUCCUUUGCACGCAGGCCGCCGCCUCGGUUACGUAAUCAGCUCUGUACUUCGUAUGCCUUUGUGCUUCGACAUUGGCGCUAAUCAUCGAAUUACCUGGGAACGACGUAAUCGUCGCCGCUUCGUUCCUUCCCGGCAGUCGUCCGAAUCGGACGAGGCGUCGGUGUGUUCUAUACUCAGUCAGUCGAGCUGCCUCACUCGCGCGAGUCUCGUUGCUUUCGGUCUCUGUCGCCGUUCGGCUGAAUGAAUUUGUAAGGUGUCGCUGAUAAGUGUGUAAGUACGUGCGGGUGAGGUUGAGGAGAAAUGGCUGGGGUCAAAUCAUCAUUGCAGACAUUAAGGUGGCAUUUAGGUCGCAUAAUAGGUAUAAGUCCGGAAAGAUUGUUUUUCUUUCCUAAAUCACGGAGCGAUAAUGUUCUUCAGUUAUUAACAAUUGUUUCAAGCUUAAGAAGUACGUUCGCCAUUGUAAUUUUCUAUAGAAAUUCUUUGACUUUUCAGUUCGCGUAAGCCGACAGUAAGAAGUGGUUUUCAAAUAUUAACCGAAACGACUACUAUAUCUGAAAUCUUAUUCGUCAGAAAAUAUACCAAUAUGUGUGUAGCAGGAAAUAACGGUUGUUCUGUGCCAUUGCCAUUUUCACUAAUUAUAAUUUUGUUGCUAAAAAUCGAUUUCGUAAUUUCUUCUUAAAUUCCCCGAGUAAUCGAUGUCGUCGUAAGUAGUUUAAAAACUACAUCAUGGAAAAUUAUAGGGUUCCAGAGGAAGAGAAAUAUUUUUCUACAUCCACCUAUCCAAAACAUUAGAAGUAGAGCAAGAAAAUUAAGUAGCUGUCUUAGCCUAAAAAUGUCAAGAAAAAAAAUAGGUUUUUGAAGGUCCAGUUGAUGCUUGUAUUCAAGGGUAUUUUCAUAUUUGAAUAUCAGAGUCGAAGACAAUGGUCGCAUAUGGUCAGAUUAAUUAGCGAAAACAUGAAAUUAAAAGUACUAUAAUAAUCAAAAAGCAAAACUGUCGUACCUUCUUACGAAGUAUGAGAUGAUUAUCAAUUCUUUAUCUACGCAACAAAUAUUUUUUCUAUUGUGUCGGAACAGGGGUUGAAUAAUUUAUCGACAUAUUGCAACAACGUCGCAUAAUACUGAGAACCCAUCAUGACCGAAAGAUUGAAGGAAAGAAGUUGAGUAUAUAACAGUGAGAAGAAGCUCGGGAGGUAAUGGGGUCAAGAAGCCGAGAGCCGCGUGGCCCGCUUAAGCAUCAUCGCAAGCUUUUCGGCGCGUCGAGCUUGCUGCAACAGGCUUUCGCGGCCCGACGCGAAAAUAGUCAAGACAGAGACAGACAGAUAAAGUCGUGCUGAGUCAACGCAGACUGCGCAGCUCUUUCAGUCCUCGGCUGGAAGCUCACGCUGCCACUCGCAAAAGCUCUCGCGUGUGCUCUCUCCGCGCAGGCUUCGCUUUCUUUUGUUUUUGUUUUGUUUUAAUUUCUGCGCUUAGUAAAAGUUCGCUCUGGGGAGAUUUUCGAUAGUGACGUGUUUCGUGCAGGUAUGGGAAUCCGAAUUUUUGCUUGGAGUGUGGCUAAUUCAGUUUUGUGAAAUUCAGGUCGAUCAUUCCAUAAUGUUUCGAUCGAAAUUUGGAUUUUAUAAGCAUCAAACGAAAUUUUAAAGUGAAUUCCAAAUGACACAUAAUUCCAAUUCAAUAAAGUGAAUAUUGGACAUUAUACGGCACGCUAGCAUUAAUUGUAGUCCUAUUGCAGCAAAUUGGACUACUGCUGCAGUCGAGUAAAUCGUUUUUACAGUCCGUGUUUCAUACGUUUUAAUAGCACAAAUAUUCUAUUUUCUUCAUCGUUGAUUGCAAUAAAAUCUUUACUGACAAUGUCCGAAUGAAUUUUCACUCAUUCAACGAUGCAAUACAAUAUCGCAUUCGAGCAAUUUUCUUGUUUCACUUCCAUAUCGAUAAAAGAAAAUUGAAACUGAUUUCUUUUUUUCAAGUACUUUUUCAGUACACCACAAACUGAAAACCCUUUCACUCCAAACAAAAGUCUAUUCUCGAUGCCGCUAUUAAAAACGCAACAGCCAUCGACAACUCGACCCGCCCAUUAGUCUUACCAUCGAGUCCUUUCUAGCGCACAAGCCAACCUCGACAAUAAAAAUACUUGUACACUUACAGGCCGCGUUUGGCCGCUGUCGAAACCGAAAUCACAACAAGCGUGCUGUCGUUCGUAAUCUAACCUCGAAAAAGAAAACGCGCGCAGUCAUGCCGACGAAGCCCAGUUGUCGUCGGCGCUUAUGCCGAUUUCAUUAGGGCGAGGCGUUCGGAGCUUCAAAUGAACGUCGCCGCGAGACUUUGAAAGAUCAGUUCAGUCUACUUCAGCCACCUCAGUCCCUCGCUGAGAGUCAGCCCGAAAAUGAGCGCGCGACUAGAGAGCAGCAUGACGACGAAGAACUGCGAGGCGACCUGGUGGACUUCCGACGAAAAGCUCCUUACGAACGAGCGCAAGCUCAAGGACCUGCUGGAUAUCUCCUCGUCCAACGACGAGGAGUCGAUCCUGUGCAGCUUCGGCGCAUCGGGCGGCGCGACGAUAUCCCGAAUGCUCGCGCGAAAGAGCAUCGUUUGGGCAAAAGACUCGCUAGAACGACUGCCUAUUAGACUUACCCUGGAGAACGUCGGCGUUUUCACGCUGUUUUUGGCCCUGUUAAUGCCCAGGGCUAUUACUUAUUGGCUGCUGUAUCCGCUUUUCAGACUCGUCUUCGGGACGCUGUAUCCUGCUUAUGCCUCGUACAAGGCGGUGCGCACGAAGAACGUCAAAGAAUACGUAAAAUGGAUGAUGUAUUGGAUUGUGUUCGCGCUCUUCACGUGCGCCGAGACCUUCACUGACGUCUUUUUCAGUUUCUGGUUCCCGUUCUACUACGAGAUCAAGAUAAUCCUGGUGCUGUGGCUGCUGAGCCCGGCGACAAAGGGCUCGAGCAUCCUGUACCGUCGGUUCGUACAUCCAGCGCUGUGCAGACGCGAAGCUGAGAUCGACGAUGCCCUGGCCAGAGCCACCGAGCAGGGCUACACUGCAGUCCUGCAGCUCGGCAGCAAGGGCGUGAACUACGCCACCACCGUCCUCAUGCAGACUGCCAUCAAGGGUGGCGGUGGUCUGGUGCAACAGCUGCGCAAAAGCUACAGCCUUAGCGAUCUCACAGGUGAAAAGGAGGACGAAAAUCGUAACCACGAGCAUUUGCCAGACGAGGUUGAUCUAGACGAGCCUCGUCGGAGGGAGAGAAGCGGCCGGAGGGGCUACAGUCCUCGACGGACCCAGUCGAGCAGUAACCGUAUGGAGAUGUACUUCACUGAGGUCGACCUCGACGUGCGACAAUCGAGGUCUAGGGAGCCUGUAGGCAGUUUAACAAAUAUUAAGUCAUCGGAUGACAUAUCGAGCGGCUACAGCAGCGGCGAGGCUCUGCAGUCGCAGAGAAGUUCGACCACCAGCGAGCACCUGGUGAGAACGGCCAGCGUCGGGGCUCGCAAUCGCACGAAGCCAAGAACCACUACGAAGAAAUCACCCGAGGUUGAUGAAAUGCAGGAAGACGAACAGCACGUAGAAAACAUCGAGCAACUUUCCCUCGUCAAUCCUUUGUCCCUCCUCACGCCUGAGCAGACGCUCGAGAUCCUCUCCUUUCUGAACAAGCACAAGGAUCAUAUUAAGAUGAUCCAGGGCACGCAGAACUUGAGCGACUCUGACGACGAUUCCACACUCAAAGCUGAUCUUCCUCCAGCCGUUAAAAUUGAAGUGAACAAAGAUGAAUCGAAGCAAGAGGAUAUUGUGCAUUCGGUGAUCGACGUCAAAGUAGAAGAAGUGGCACGCGAAGAACCGCAGGAUAACAAGAUCGUAAUCGAUGUGACGAACAUCAACAAGGAGAUGUGCUCCGAAAAACUGGACGAGCUAAAGGAGCUGCUGCAGAACGCCAACAAGGCAGUGGCCACUAUAGUCUCGUCCCAGGAGAACCUCAGUCAGUUGGACGGUGAAAUCUCCAUCAUUCAGAAAACGAAUACAUUGGAAAUCAAGAGCAGCCCAAGCAUCUCACGUAGUAGUUCACCAGACUGCAGUGAGCGCGCGGGUAAGUACCACAAAAAACCUGCACCGAAAGCUCCGGAGACAUCCAAGGAAGAAGAUGACGAGGAGGAGGAGAAGGCUCUCAAGGCUACGCUGGUCAUCAAGACCGGCACCGUUAAGAGCUUCACGGACAACGAGCCUGUGAAGCGCAGAAAGAAGUCCAGUGCGAAGACAGCCGCGAGGGAUAGCUUCUCGAAACUACUCACGAUCCCCAAAAACAUCUUCCACAACGCUUUUCACAAGGACAGUAAGGAGGACGACGCCAAAUCGCUGAGUUCAGAGAAAUCGGUAAGCUGCGAGAACGUGGAUGUGACCAACGUUCUACUGCAUGCCAUGCACGACGACAAGAACAGAUCCAGCGAAGGAGACACCUACAUUAGUCUGAGAUCCGACAGUAUCGACGGCGACAUCGCGACUUCGCAAGUACAGAAACCGGAGGAAGAAGAACCGAAGAAUAUCCGAAAGGAGGAGACGAUCGUUUAAGACUUAAUCCUUCCUAUCACACGAUUUCCCUUCCCUCUUGUCGUUAGCUUCGAGAGGACGUUGAAGACCGACUCAAGCUGAGCAUCACGAGCUUCGCGACGUUGCCUCGCAGCAAAAAACCGACAAAGAAGAGGGUCACAUGAAACUCAUCGGUUUUUGGCCACACCAAGGAAUAGGACCAAAUGCUUCUUCACAUUUUCACCCCGAGUGUUUUUGAAAGGUUGGCGUCGAUAUUCACCAGAAUAUAAAAAAAAAAUAAAUGCGAAAAGGGAAGGGUUAUCCAAUGGCCAAAAAACGCGCAAUAAGGGUAUUGCAAAUGCUUUUUAGCAGUUGCAUAUAUUUUAUAUAUAUAUAUAUAUUUAUGUGCAACUGCUAAAAGGUUUAUAUAUAUAGCGUUUAAGAUUUUUUGAUGAACAGCUUAUUAUUUAAUAAGUUCUGAAAGGUGUUCAAGAGUGCGAAAAAGAUUUCGGAUUAAAGGUGUUACUGACAACUUGUUGGAGGUUGUAUACAAGCAAGUUUUGAAUAGUUAUUUUAUAGAUAAAAUUCUGCGUCGCCAAUGGCCUCAAUAGAGUCUUUUUCUAAAUCUUUAUGCAAAAUUUAAUUUGAUCUUCAAACUGGUUUUCAUAUUUUAAGACGUACUCGACUAUAACUUAAAUUUUAUUCUUCUUCUAAUUAUUUUAAGACUGCUAUUUUUUUAUGAAGUACUUUUUCUUUUAUUCUAUUAUUUUUUAGUAUCUAAGUUAUUAAAUCGUAUCUGAAAGUUAAUAUUUCAGUUCCAUUCACAUUCAUUUUAUCAUCAUACGCGUUUACAUUCUAUUUUUCUUUUUUAUUAUAAAUAAUAUGAAACAACCACCUCGAAAAUAACAUAGAGAGCUACGGAUAAUAAAUAAGGAUGAAUCUGACAUCAAUGCGACGAUGGUUAAAAUUCAUUUGUGAUAAUACGGUAAUCGACGCUCACGCGAUGAGAACCUUACGCAUGAAGACGGAAAAAUGUUAUUCUAGUCACUCACGAGAAACAUCUUUCCUGCUGGUGUCUAACUGAUCUAAGCCUGUUUUGUCGUAUGUGCCACUUUGUAUUUGUAAAAAGAUUUGUCGUUUGUCUUCAUCAAGACAACAAUAACUUGAAUUUGUAACAUCUAUAUACAUGAUACUUUCUAAAAGUGUGUAUUGAUAUAAUUUUUCCAUGACAUUUCAUUAUACGUAAGAAUUAUCGAGUCGAUUCAUCAGCAAAUAGAUGAGUUGACAUUAAAAAUUGUUUUCUCACUGCUAACGCUUCGGCGCACAACACUAAACUGCUUUUUAAUAUAUAAUGGUUGAUGCUAAUUAAUGGCAUCAUCUUUUCAACUGGGAUUUGGUUAUUCCAACAUUUUUUAUGAGAGUUGUGAAACUUGUAAAUGAUCCGUUAUAAAAUGGUAUAGCGCACAAGUGUUGCGGUUCAAAUGUGUAUUGAUUACUAUAUUAAGUAAUUAAGAAAAAUUAAGGGUGUCUAGAUAGGUGGAAAGUGAAAACUGUUUUAUUCUUAACUAUAUGUAUAGAUUACACAUUGUUUCUGAUCCAACGUCAGUUAUCAGUUAUUGAAUUAACUUUCUUUUGUAUAAUUUCAACAUACAUAUUUCGGUUUUCACUUUCUAAAUUAAUAAGAAUUGGUUUACUGUUGUUAGAAUAAUAAUAUGCAUAGUUUAUUGUAUAUGAAUUGCGCCUUGAGUAAUUGAAUGAAAAUUUACCGGAAUAAAGAAUUGUUUGUUCGAUCAAGAUCGAGCAAAAUCUAAAAGAAAUGCGUACGCUGAAAUCUUCUUGCGUUCGAUCGGUUAAUAUUGAAUUUAUUUAUUCUAUUGAAUCUUGCAGAAAAUAUAUUACAUCGUGUGAUGUUUAACAUAUCUUUUCUAUUCUCUUUGCUAUAGAUAUUGAAAGUUUAAAAAGAAACUAUGUAUGACGCCUAGCGCAUAAAUCGGUAGUGAUUGGUUUUGUUGUCAAUAUAAUUAGAUCAGUGAAAACAAGUUAACCUCGCUAAAGAUAGUAUGCUCGAUGUUUGUCCAGUUCAUAUUACAAUAGUCAUCGAUUGUUUGGCAGAACGAUUAUGACAAGACAAGUGGUUCAUUAUUACUGGUGAUUGUUUUCGACUCCACGAGUUAACUAAAAGAUGUUUAUUCUAUCAAGCAAGUGUGUCUAAGUAGAAUUUUUCAAGUUACAAAUGCGAAUAUGAAAGCUGAACUUCUUUGUUGUAAAGCUUUACAUUACCAGUUAGUUUGAUAUACUAUUGUUCAUUUUAAGUACUACAUUUAAAAAUAUGCAUGAUUAAACAAAUCAAUUUUUUUUUAAUUUAUGUCGAACUGUUUCGUUAAUUGUCAGUCAUUUAAUGUAGUUAUUCAAGUUGACUUCUACAUAAGCCAGUUUUUCAUAUUAAAUAAGUUGAUUACAUUGUUGUGUUUAAUUGUACUCAUUAAAAUCAUAUAGAUUUCUUGCGCGAUUUUAUCUGAAAAAGAACUGCAUAUUAUGCUACAUUGUAAAGAAAUCACCUCGUAAUGGUGCUGCGAGUAUAUUAAUUCAUUGGACUGUUUUCUAUUCCCUUGAUAUCUAUUGAACAUCAGACUUCCUCAUGAGGAAGUGCAUGUUGUAUUAAAGUUAAACGUAAGGAAUGUUUUAAAGUUGUCAUGUAAUGUAUGAUAUUAAGAUGAGAAAAAGGGAAGCACGGAACGACGAUUUGUUUCGAAACAUGUUUGUAGUUCAAUAAAAGAUGUUGAAAUGUA